AUGUUUAGUUUCAGUGCACGGGCCCUGCGUUGGAUGCAGACCAUGACCUUUGCUAUCAGGGAGAUCAACCAGCGACGUGACUUGCUGCCUGAGCUGAGGCUGGGGUUCCACAUCAGAGACAGCUGUAACGAGGUCCCUGUGUCUCUGAAGGCCUCCCUGCUUCUGGUGAAUGGACAGCCAGGCCCCACAGCCAUCAGGAAUGGGAGUCUGUCAGUAGGGGAGCUUUCUGGCAAGGGUGAUCUGAUCAGUUUAGGCUCCAGGUCUCCAGUGUUAGGUUGUGCCGAUGUCACCCGGUCCCCGUCUCCUGUAAUCAUAGGAGAUGCAUCCUCUGGUGUGUCGAUGGCUCUGCUUAGAAGUCUGGGCCCCUUUCAGAUCCCCCUGGUGAGACUUUAUGAACAAUGUUCUUAAAGUCAUAUAUAUUACUUUUUAU